AUGCCUUCUGACGCCGUUACUGCUACUGCCAAUGCCGCCUUCUGCCAGGCAGGCGACAAGGUUGAGCACCUGCUCGGCCAAGCACUGCAGUUGGAUGCUGCUGACCCCAAGCACAUCCCCAUUGCGGUGGAGAUGGCAAAGGCUCUGACUCAUGUAUUCUCGGUCUACGCCCUGCAGACCACAUCUGUGCCACCCAUGGUCCUCUCUGCAGCGGCAGAGUUACAUCAACACCUGGACUCCUCCUUCUGCAAGGUGGUGAGCACCCCGGUCUGGACCAACAUCCGUCCAGAAGAUCUCCGCUCCAAGAACAGCCUGCUCUACCCACUCACUGUUGGGUAUGGGCAACCGGCACCUCCUGCCACACCUGCUGCUGGCCCUUCUGCCAAGGCCAAAGGUAAGCAGAAAGCAGUCCCAGAAGGGGAAUCUGAAGAUGACUGUGGCCACCAACUGGAGCGUGGCAAGCAUCCACGACGCGUCAUGAGCACAAGGAGCCUGAGUGCCGCUCCAAAGCCUAAGCGCCAAUGUGCCAAAUCCAAGGCCAUCAUCACCAGCGAUGAUGACAUGGAAUUGGACGAUGCGGCGGCGGCACCUGAGCCAGCACCAGCACCAGUAAAGCCUAUCAAAGGUGUCCUCAAGAGGACAAGAGAAUCUGUUCCCAACCCUGUCUCUGGGACAGACCCCAGCUAUGUGGAGAUAGAUGAGCUGGAUGAGAAGCAAAUGAUUGUUGGUCCGGCACCAAAGAUGAGGGUGGCAUAUGUUGAGAUCCCGCCUGUUCCAAAGGGUAGUGGCAAGGCUGCCAAUCCAGCCAGUGGACUUCAAGAGGAUGACUAUGCCAACUCCACCUCGCCGGUCUGGUCACCCGGCUGUGGUGGCUGUGUGCAGCGGCAGCUGAUUUGCCGCCAAGGCUACAACACCAGCCAUGACCCACUUGCAGUGUGCGCGCGCUGCCACUGCACUAAACACAAGUGCGGCGGCAAAGGAUCUGCCAUUCCCACAACAAGCAGGAGACCUGCUGCUAAUCACACUAGGUCUAAGUCAUGCCGCAGGGCAUCCACAGUGAAUGUCACCGCCGUCACAGAUGCUGCUUCCUCAGGCAAUGUCGCCGCCACCGCCGUUACCAUCCCUGCCACCACCGCCGCUCCUGCCACUGCGCAUGUUCCUGCGCCAGACAACCAGACAGUUCUGGCGCUCAAGGAGGAUCUGGCAGUGCUGCAAACAAUGGUGGCCUCUUUGGUGGACAGGGUGAGUACCGCCGAGCAGCUGCUCCAGGAGGCCAACCGGCGCCUUGCUGAGCAGGAGGCCAAUGCCAAGCUGCUGGCCGACCAGGUGGCUGCACUGCAGCAGGAGUUGAAUUCCGAUGCUGAGUCCCCAGCAGCAGAGAUUCUUCCUGUUGUCAUGAGGACAGAUGCUGCAGAGACGCUGGCCGCUGCCGCCCCGCCGGAGGAUGAGUCGCCCUUUAAUAGUGGAGACUCAGAAGGUGAGGCGCUGCUGCAAGAUUCCGGCGCUGUUGUGGAACAGGAUUUUGAAGACUCGGCUUUAAUUGCAUCUACCGCACAUGAAUGA